UCAGUUUCUCCAACCUUCAUCAUUGCCCACUUGCGAAAGUUAAAACUACAUUCCCAGUUUGUUGCUCAUUUGUAUUUGGAUAUAACUUUGGAGUAACUUGUAUAUUCCUGUGUGUCUGUCGAGACUAUUUUCCUCCUCAUUUCAAUCCAAAGUCAAUAACUUUUAGUCUCUCCAACAAUUUAACCAAGUUGAAUACAACUCUUUCGGUAACCAAAAAUCACCAGCAAACCCGACUAAUUGUACCAUUGUUUGUGUAUUAUGAGGUUUUGUUUUGUUCAUUGUUAAUCAUGUUCAGCCUAUCAGCAAAUCAAACCAGCAACAAUAUUUUCAAAGAGGAAAGUGAGUGUAAUAAUAAUAAUGGCAACAAUAAUAGCAGCUCAUUUGAAAAUGAGAUGACCAAUUAUGGCAAUCAUCAUCCUGUGACAACUUCACCAAUGAAAAAUUAUCCCACAUCACCAAGUUCAUCGCCCUCUUCAUCGCCUAAAGCUUAUGCCACCUCACAUCGAAUAAGUGACAUUCUUUCUCGCUCCAAUUCCGGUCGUCAACAUCACCAUUCAUCAACGGCAGCUUCAGUUGUGGCCACUUCAGCUGCUUUAUAUUGGAACUCAAUGGUUCAAAACCAAGCUCUUUGGAAAGAGAGGUUGGUGUGUGCCUCUAUUGGAGGUAAUGGUGCAAGUGUUAUCGGUGUUCCAGGUCGUUCUCAUAUCCAUGGUGUGCCUGUGGUAAAUCAUCAAAAUAACUUGACCAUCGGAUUAGUUGAAAAAGAUAAUAAGAGGAAACAUUCGAGGCCCACUUUUUCAGGUCAACAAAUUUAUAUCCUUGAAAAAACUUUUGAACAGACCAAAUAUUUGGCUGGACCUGAAAGAGCCAAAUUGGCUUAUGCUUUAGGUUUGUCUGGUGAUCAAGUGAAAGUAUGGUUUCAAAAUCGAAGGACAAAGUGGAGGAAGAAACAUGCAGCCGAACAACACAUGACAACAGCAAAGAAAAAUGCAUGAGGAGAAAAGAAAUUCUGAAAGAGGAAAGAAACAACCGUUAUUAGAAGAUUCAGUAGACUCUAGACUUUUAGUGAACCGGAUCCAGAGUAAAGAAAAAGAGUUUAAAUGAGCUCGAUUCAGCUCAGAAUUUAUUACUCUGAUUUUCCAAUAACUGUAUUUGAAAUUGUUCAAAAUAAAUUGAAACACUUUUUUCUAAUUGUGUCAAAAAUAUUAGACUUUUCAUGUCUAAUGUUUUUGAAUAAACCAAAUCUUCCCUGUUAAUAUAAUAACUACAAACAACUGCAACAAUACAAAUAUUACUAUAAUAUUAAUAAAAAACAAAACAAAUCAAAAUAAAACAAGAGU